CGAAGGCUAAGCUAGCUAGCUGAAAACUCCUCCAAGGUUCCGUCAUCCGCGCCCCGCUUUUCUCCUCUGCUGUUCAUGUUGUUCUUCACAGCAGGGGACAUUUCACUUGCAAACGCGCACAUAUUGUACACGAGCGUCGAUUUAUUUGGCUACAUCGCUGUACGACUGCAUUUACUUUGAGGCACCGACUGGUUCCCUGUUAGCCGCUCAGCUAGCAGCAGCCGCGCAGCCAAAAUGGCGGACAACGAGGAUGAGAGCGCGUCGGGGAGAACAAUAACAGCGACCGAACCUUCGCGCUCUCCGGCCCAGAACCACGCCGCGGACUCCACGCAGCCUGAGGACGCUGUUCCGCCGGAGCCAGUCGCCCCCGACACCGAACCGGCCGAGUGUACUCCAGACGCGACGUCCGGAGAGCGCGGGGAAAGCUCGCCCGCGGUGUCCGGCGAACAGAGCGACCAUACCGCGGAGCAGAACCAGGCAGUGUCCGCCGAGUCUCAGCUGGUGGACUUUUUACAGACUGAACAAAGCAUUCUGGUGGGCACCGAGUUCUCGACUUUGGGCGCAGACAUGAGCAACACCACCAUAAUCUACGUGCAACCGGACGGCAGCCUGAUGGAGGGCUCCGGGCUGACCCCCGAGGAGCAACAGGCUCUGCUGGAGCAGCUCAGCAAGCAGCAAGUGGUCCAGGUUUCGGAAAGCGAGGCCGCCCAGCUGCUCCAGCAGAGCCAGGCCGUCAAAAGCAGCCCCAUCCACAGUGCGGCUCUUAACCCCAGUCAGCUGCAGCAGGUCAUCAGCCAGGUGACCAACAAGUCCCAGCAGCAGCAGCAGCAGGUCCAGGCCCAGGUCCAGGUCCAGGUCCAGGCCCAGGCCCAGGCCCAGGCCCAGACCCCACAGCCGCCGGCCAAACAGAUAGUCCAGGUCCAGACCCCGCAGCAGGCGGCCAAACAGAUAGUUCAGAUCCAUGCACCGCAGCAGGCGGCCAAACAGCUAGUCCAUGUACACAGCCCGCAACAGGCGGUGAAGCAGCUAGUCCAGGUCCAGAACGCCUCACAGCAGCUGAAGAGCGUUGCCCAGCAGUUUGCUUUGCAGACCAGCGGCAGCAGUGCAAGCACAGUCCACUUGACCCAUUCCAAGUCGGAACCGGUCAGGAUCCAGAUUCAGGCUCCUCCAAAACAGGAAGUGAAGCUUUGUCCCGCCCCCCAGCAGCACAACAAUCAGACUGUCAAUCAACCGCAGGUGACGCUGUCGACCAACGGCAGCACUCAGAUCAUUCACAUCCAGCCUAUGGUGGCUCAGCAGGGCCAACAGUUGUUCUUGCAGCAGAACUUGGGUGACGGCCCCAUCCAGCUGCUCCUCCAGAGCCCCGCCCCCGUGGUGGGAUCUCUGCUUCCUUUGGUCCACAAGCUGCCAGCCCCCGCGUCCGCCCCCGUCGCCAUUACCUCUGCCGCCGGCAAGACGCCGCCCACUGCGACCAUCACCACCACCGUUAAAGCGGGAAGCGUGUCGCUCUUCAAGACCCCCGCCAACGGCACCGCAUCACCCCCCAGUAAGACUCCGGUCAAAUCAGCUGCCACCCCUGUAGCAGGCUCACCGGCGGCGGCUGACCCCCCUGCGAGGUCCGCCCCCCCUGCGGCCAAGGAUCGAGACAAAGAAAAAGAGAAGGUAAGGAAGCAGAAGAAGAUGAAAGAGAAGAAGGCGGUCAAGGUGCAGACUAGGUCGGGUAGAGUCUCCAGACCGCCCAAGUACAAAGCCAAAGACUACAAGUUCAUCAAGACCGAGGACCUGGCCGAGAGCCACCAGUCCGACUCUGACGACUACUCGGACAUGAGCAUGGAGGACGAGGACAGGAAGGACGCCGCCGGAGACACGGACACCACACUGGCCUACAGCCACAAGUCCAGGUCCCACCCGUGCCAGACCUGCGACAAGGCCUACAUUGGACCGGGAGGACUCAACCGUCACUACAAGCUCAACCCCAGCCACGGAGAGCCUGUGCCGGUCUGUGAAGCGGCGCCACAAACCGACACCGACGGACGAUCGCAAACGGUCGUCACUGAGACGGCAGACGCGACCGUGACGGAUGUCGUCGAGGAAGAGGAAACGGAGGGAAAACCUGCUGCUAUGGAGUCGGGCCCAGCAGCUGCUGGAGGAUUCCGGGCCGUCCACCACCGGGGUCCGGGCAGGCCCCGUGGCAGAGGGCGAGGAAGGGGGCGCGGGCGGGGCCGGGGCCGGUCCCUGGGGUUGCCACCCAAGUUUGUUCAGGUGUCGGGCGGCCUCAUGGGUCGGCGAGGGCGCCGCGGACGGCCCCCUAAGGUGGGUGGCGGCACUGCGAGCGCCGAGCAGCAGGUCGAGAGGAGACGGGAGCGACUGCAAGAGCUGGUGGAUCAGUGUGAGGAUGAGGAGCUGAUGGACAUUGUUCUCCCUCGUCUCACCAAAGUUUUAAGUGUAUGGGAGAUGCUCCUGGCCAAGGUGGAGCGCACCGGUCCGCCUCGUACUCACUUUCCAGAUAUUUACCGCGAGUUCGAGUCACUGCAGGCGCAAGUGAGACAGGCCGCUCAUGAUUACAUCAUAACGCCACUAGGAGGAGCCACACCCCUGGAAAUCAGGAACAUAGAGGUGGCGCGGUCUCUUGGCAUCCUUGACGAGGUGAACCGGAUGAAGGUUGUCCCCGGCGCAUCUCCAGUGUCCAGCGUGAGCAACAAAAGUAGCCGUUACAUGGAGAACUCCAAGAUGCUGCCUCCAUCCAAGCGCUUCAAGAUGGAGAACAGCGUUCCUCUGCAGCACAACGGCAUCGAGAGAGCGGUUGUGGUCGCCCCCACCCCCGUGGUGACCUCCGUGGCCCCCGUGACGCCAACGUCGACGCCCUGCGCCGCCUCCACGACGCCAACGUCGCUGAUUCCCAGUGAAGCCAAACUCUUCACUAGCCCCGCCCAGCCUCCUCCAGCCGCCACCCCCAUGGAGGUGACCACAGCUGAGCAGCAGGCGGCGGAUGCCCCGCCGCCGCCCGAAGGUCCGGCCCCGAGCGAGCAGGCCAAAGAACCUGAGAAGCUUCAGGAGACGUGCCUCGUGCAGGAGGGCCAGGAGAUCUACAUCGAGACGGACGGCCUGAGCGACGCGGACGGCAUCGUCAUUGUCAACGGGCCGGACGGGACCACCAUGCACAUCCAAACUCCGCAGGGGGUCCCCCUGGAGGCGGUGGAGGCCCUGCUGGGCAUCGACGCGGCCGACCCCAGCAAAGCCAGCUGAACGGCUCAGCGAGGACUUUUUUAUGGAACUUUUGGGGGGGAAAGCAGCUCAACAGCCAGUCGUGGGCUUUAUGGAAGGUUUUGUAACGAUGUAACAAUUUGUUCCUAAAAGGUCCGUAACAAGGCCAACGAAACAGCCAAUCGUAGACUUUGUCACGGAACCUUCCGGAAGAAAGCAGCUGAACGGCCAAUCGCGGACUUUCUUACGGAAGGCUCUGUAACAAAGUCUGCGAUUGGCCGGUCAGCUUGGAGCCUUUAGUUACAGAACUUUCCAGAACAUAACGAGCUGACCACCUGACUGGCCAACCGCGGACUUUGGUCCGGAAGGUUCUGAAACGAGACCAGCGAAACCGCUAAUCGCAGACUGGGCUAAAGAGCAAAACAAUCUGAACGGCCCAUCGUGGAGUUCGUCACGGUACCUUCCGGAACAAAGCAGCUGGACGGCCAAUCGCAGAGGUUGUCAUGGAAGGUUCUGCAACAAAGUCCGUGAUUGGCCGGUCAGCUUGCUCACUUCCGUGACAAAGCAAGCCGAAUUGCGGACUUUGUUCGGGAACCUUGUGGCGCUCUCCUUUUAGUUCCUAUUUAUUUCUUCCGGCCGGGUCUUCUCCACGUUCUUGCGAUCCAAACAUUCUUCUGAACACGACGCUGGAUGGAUUGAUUGAUUUUUAAGAGCUUGUUGUAAAUGGUUUUUUUUCAUAUUUGCGUUGUUAAUAUGUAGAUAAACGUGAGAAACAAAGCUGCACUAUUUUUAUUACUUUUUCGAUAACGUUCGUGUACGCCUGGCGUCCGUCCGUCCGUCCGUCCUGUUUCUUGUUUUCACAAUAAAAGCCAUUGUCAAACAGGAAGGUGUCGCUGGCCCGUCUCCAGCAGGACCGCCUCCAGCGCCAGGCGGGCGCGGGCCGGUACCAGCGGCUGGUGGA